AUGGAUUCCAAAUACGCCAAAGUCCACCAGUCACCAAAGGGUCCUGGGGACGCGCGUCCUACCGCGCUCCAAAUUGUGAAAGACUCAGGCCGUGAAGAUGACUUGGUUGGCAAAGUGAUUCUAAUCACAGGCUGCUCGUCUGGCUUGGGUAUAGAGACCGCGCGAGCAUUAUAUCGCACUGGAGCAACACUAUAUCUUACUGCUCGUGACUUGGAGAAGGCGAAGUCGGCCUUAGGCGAUAUAGUGGCAAGCACUCGGGUCCACCUUUUGCACCUUGACUUGAACUCCCUGGCGUCUGUGCGUGCAUGUGCCGAGGAAUUCAAUUCAAGGUCUCAUAGUCUGAACGUCCUAAUUGCGAAUGCUGGCGUGAUGGCAUGUCCGGAAGGUCGGACGGCAGACGGUUUUGAAACCCAGUUUGGAACAAAUCAUGUAGCCCACUUUCUGCUGUUUGAUCUCCUAAAGUCUCGCCUCCUGUCCUCGUCAACGCCGGCUUUUAAUUCCCGGGUUAUCAUCGUUGCAUCUAGUGCGCACCGUAUCGCCUCCGUUCACUUUGACAAUCUCACCCUGGAAGGAGAGUAUGAGCCCUGGAAGGCUUAUGGUCAGAGCAAAACUGCCAACAUCUGGACGGCGAACGAAAUUGAGAGACGGUAUGGUGCCCAGGGCCUUCAUGCUUUCAGUUUGCAUCCUGGUGCCAUAGCUACAGAACUUCUUCGCCAUAUAUCGGACGAACAAAAAGCCGACUGGGAGGGAAACGAGUUUCUGACGAACUACUGGAAGAGCCCCGAACAAGGUGCCGCGACCAGUGUUUGGGGGGCAGUGGCAAGGGAACUGGAAGGCACUGGGGGCAAAUACUUGGAUGACUGUCAAAUCGCACCACCGGCCGAUCCUUCACAGCGGCAUGGACCCGGCCAUGCGGAAUGGGCGUACAGUCCAGAAAUGGAAGCAAAACUGUGGACCAAAACCUUGGAUUUGCUUGAUGAAAAAUAG